ACACAGCUGAUCACCAAUCACGGAACGAGCCGAAGAUGUCAGCUCAGUCAUGUGAUCAGCUGUGUCCAAUCACAGCUUAUCACAGAUCAUCAAAGCACUGAUUAUCAGUGUGCCCUGAUGAUCAGUGUAGCCCCAGCAGUGCCACCUGUCAGUGUCCAUCAGUGCCUUGUGUCAGUGCCCUCGUGCCAGUGCCCAUCAGUGCCACAUCAAUGCCACAUAUCAGUGCCUACCAGUGAACAUCAAUGCCACAUAUCAGUGCCUAUCUGAGCUGCCUUUCAGUGUCACCCAUCAGUGCCAGUCAGUGCCACCUAUCAAUGCCAAUCAGUGCUGCCUAUCAGUGCCAGUCAGUGCCAGUCAGUGCCGCCUAACAGUG